AUGCUCGCACAUUUGAAGCACAUCUAUGCCGGUUCACUGCUGGCAGUUAGCCUGGCCAUCCUGCUGCUCCUUCAGCCGGUGGAUGCACGCUGGACCCGCAGACCCAGGCGCACCACCACGCCCAGGAGCACCACCACCAGGAGCACCACCGCCACUCCGGAUCGCCACCAGCACGUGCACCACUGGCCGCCACUGGUGGCACCACCGGCGCAGCCACAAGUAGUUGUGCCACCCAGUGAGACUAGUCCGCGUCUCGUCGAUAGCUUCGAUCAGAGAUCCCUGGAUGGGCAGUACGAGUUCAGAUAUCAGCUGGAUAAUGGCAACACACGCUAUGAGCGCGCCUACUGGCUGCCCGUGGGCAAGGAUCUCGUGCUGGCCAAGAAGGGCUACUACUCGGUGCCGCUGCCCAAUGACAAGUACUCCACGGUGUUCUACACCGCCGAUCAUCGUGGCUACCACGUGGACAGGCAGACAUUAUCCGCAGAGCAGCCGCUGCUGCCGCGCAGCCUGGAAGUGCCCGGCGUGGAGAGGAUUGUGGACUCCGGAAUGGGCUCCGGCAUAGCCACGGGUAUGGGUACGGGUAUGGGUACGGGUUCGGGUACGGGGACUAAGCGAAAUUCAAUAAGCGACCCGGAGCGUAACGAGCUGCCUGUGGAAGUGGAUGCGGAUGCGGAUGAGGACGUAGAUGCGGAUGUGGAUGUGGAUGUGGACGCAAGUGACGCUGCCACCGAGCUGGUUCCUAACGCUGUAAACCAAGUCGAAACCGAAACCGAGCCAUCAACUUUGGCCAACGACAUUUUGGCAACUGAAACACCAGCCGACAGCCAUGAUGAUGAUCACGAUGAUGGCGAUGACGAUGGUGAUGGCGAUGAGGAUGUUGCUGAUGAUGAAGGCGCCUCAAACUGA